CUGUCAAACGUGGCCUUAACAAAAAAAAUUGUUAGAGGAAAAAUUGAAUCCAAACAUUAGAUUAUACGUGGUGCGGUGGCCUCGCCUCACCGUCGACACCGCAUUGAUUCUCACAUGGCUGCUUCACAUCAGUAGCAAGGGCGGUUAUCGUGCCAGUUCUUCUCUUCCCACCGCUUCUGGCUCUACUCCUCCCUCCUCCGCCAUCUCUCUGAACUUCUUUCUCAUCGAACACGAUGCUGUUUCAUCGGGGACUCUCUCGGAUUUCAAGAAAUCUCAGAGGCAGCUUGAACGGAACUCGGAGAUUGCUUUCCAUUCAAGAACAGAAUCACCAGUCCUUGCAAUCGCAUCAUUAUCAUACACCUACAGGCUCAACUGCAAAGGUUAUGAGAAGCUUAGCCUUUUCAAAGGGCCUGCCAGCAUUGCAUAGUAGUAGAUAUCAAAUCCAUGAUCAAAGCAGCUCCAUUUCUGAAGAAGAACUUGAUCCAUUUUCACUGGUUGCUGAUGAACUGUCUUUUAUUGCCAACAACUUGCGAGCAAUGGUAAUUGCUGAGGUUCCUAAGCUUGCCUCAGGUGCUGAAUACUUCUUCAAAAUGGGAGUGGAAGGAAAAAGAUUUCGUCCCACGGUUUUAUUGUUAAUGUCAACAGCAUUAAAUCUACCAAUACCCAAACCACCUCCUUCUAAUGACCUAGGAGGUACUUUUACAGCUGAUCUACGCUCAAGACAGCAACGCAUAGCUGAAAUAACAGAGAUGAUUCAUGUGGCUAGCCUUCUUCACGAUGAUGUUUUAGAUGAUGCAGACACGAGACGUGGUAUUGGUUCAUUAAACUUUGUAAUGGGCAACAAGUUGGCAGUGUUAGCUGGAGAUUUUUUGCUUUCAAGGGCUUGUGUUGCGCUGGCUUCUUUGAAAAACACUGAGGUUGUAUCUUUGUUGGCAAAAGUUGUAGAGCAUCUUGUAACAGGGGAGACCAUGCAAAUGAGUACUACAUCAGAUCAAAGGUGUAGUAUGGAAUAUUAUAUGCAAAAGACAUACUACAAGACUGCAUCAUUGAUUUCCAAUAGUUGCAAGGCAAUAGCCAUCCUUGCUGGCCAAACAGCUGACGUUGCAAUGCUUGCUUUUGACUAUGGAAAAAAUCUGGGAUUGGCGUUUCAAUUGAUAGAUGAUGUUCUUGACUUCACAGGCACCUCUGCUUCCCUCGGAAAGGGUUCUUUGUCAGACAUUCGCCAUGGAAUUGUAACAGCUCCAAUAUUGUUUGCGAUGGAGGAGUUCCCUCAGUUGCGGACAGUUGUUGAUGAGGGCUUUGACAACCCGGAAAAUGUUGAUAUUGCUCUGGAGUAUCUUGGAAAGAGCAGAGGUAUUCAAAGGACAAGGGAGCUAGCCAUCAAGCAUGCUGACCUUGCAGCAGCAGCAAUUGAUUCUUUACCUGAAAGUGAUGAUGGGGAAGUAAGAUUAUCAAGGAGAGCUCUUGUGGAUCUUACUCAGAGAGUCAUUACAAGAACGAAAUGAAAGGCUUAGUAAAAGUAGCAAAAAUUGUACUGUUACCAUUUUUCAAUUUUAGCUGCAGUUGUUCCCCGAAAAUGAGGGAAAAUAAGUUUUUUGUAGGAUUACUUUCGUUAUUCAAUUUCUUAAUUAUUGUUUAGUUUAAUUA